UGUUCGAACAUCACAUCCUUUACAAUUUUAGUGUAGUAAAGAGUUUAAUUCUUCCAAAAAAUGUAAAAUCUCUUGGUAAAAAAAUAAUGAAUAAAAAGGGUCAUCCAAAAAAAAUUACCGCUUUCACAGGAAUGAUAAUUAAUUUCAAAUGAAGUCUUCUGGAAAUCAACAUUAGUUACGGACCAUUUAGUCUCCUAGCUAUGCCACUGCUUAAAUGAAUAUUUUUUGAAAACUCAUUUAAAUACGACUAAUUAUAAAACUCGUUUUUAAAAUGGAUCAUCAUCAUCAUCACCAUGAAGAAAUGGAUAAUUUUUCUCCCAAUUCCCUUGCUAAUGGUGAAAUUAAAACUAUGACUGGAGACGCCCAUUCGUGUCAUAUGAAGAUGGCAUUUUAUUUCGGUACUGAAGCAACAGUUUUAUUUGAUUGGUGGAAAUUCAAUACCACUACAGGUUUAAUAUAUUCUAUGGUUGGCAUAUUUUUAUUGGCUACAUUAUAUGAAGGCUUAAAAUAUUUUCGCGAAUAUUUAUUUUGGAAAUCAUAUAAUGCUAUUCAGUACAGAUCAGUGCAAAUUCCAUUAGAAAAAGAAUCUAGUAAUCCGGUUUCACAAAUGGUUGGAACUGUACUUUUUAAACAACCAUUACCAACUAUGUUGAGUUCAUUCCAUUUUCUUCAGACAUUCCUACAUGUUAUUCAAAUAACCGUUAGCUACUUAUUAAUGUUAAUAUUUAUGACUUAUAAUGUUUGGCUUUGUUUAGCCGUUUUACUUGGUGCUACUUUAGGAUAUUUUCUUUUUGGAUGGAAGAAAUCAGUUGUUGUAGAUGUAACUGAACAUUGUCAUUAAUAAUAACAGCCAAUUUAAUUAUAUAGGUAACCCCUACUUUUUAAAUUUCCAACUUUAUGUACAACUUGUGAGUGUAAAUUUAUCUUCAAUUUAUUAAUGAAUCUGAAACAUAUUUAGUAGAUUCAAUUAACAUUUGAGCUCAAAAAAAGCAUAAUGGUGCAAGUCUUUUUUAUGAAUACUCUUUAAAUUAAAUUAAAUUUUAUAAAAGACUUUGUAUGAACAAAUAAGAAUUAAAAAAAAUAAAAUUGCAGCAAUUUGCUUUUUAUGAACUUGUUUGGUGCUAAUAUGUUUUAGAAAAUUGUUAAUUAUAUCUAGGACAUUACAAUUUAGUAAGCAGUUAUAUUAAACAAAAUUGCAACAUGUACUUUUUUAAAAUUCUUUAUACAAUGGUAAAUGUCCACACACGUAAAUAAACUUAUUUAUAAUUGCAUGUAUUUAUGUAAUAUUACAUAUUUCAUUAUAUAAUCUUUUAUGUAUAUGAUUAUUGUUUGUUUUAUUUUUUUAUUGUUACAUUACUGUUAUUUUAUCAUUAAAAUAUAUAAAUUCUUUUAAACAUA